AUGUCGGCUCCAGUGAGAUCUUGCACCACGAACGACAACACUUGUUUGUAUUUGGUCCAAUAUGGCGAUUUUUCGUACAGUUCUGGAGAACUGGCGACAGAAACAGUUACACUGGAUUCCAAUGUAACUGGCAUCUCGUUCGCCUUUACCAAUGUGGUUUUUGGAUGCGGGCAUAGAAAUGCUGGCAUGUUUACGGAAGAUCAAAGUGGAAUAAUAGGGCUUGGAGGCGGCCCGUUUUCGCUCAUUACACAAAUGGGGUCUUUGAUUAACGGAAAGUUUUCGUAUUGCCUUGUGAAAAUGUUUUCAAACGUAGAAAGGUCAAGUAAAAUGUACUUUGGUAAUGCUGCCACGGUUUCCGGAGAUGGGGUUGUUUCAACCCCAUUAUUUUCCGGAAACCCUAACACCUUUUACUAUCUAAAUUUUGAAGGGAUAACCGUUGGAGGUCAACGCAUUGACUUCUACACGACAAAACCUACAUUGGUCGAGGGUAAUAUCAUCAUUGACUCGGGAACAUCGCUAACGCUGCUUCCUGAAAGCUUCUACAAUCGAGUUCAAUCCGCGGUGAGACGUUCAAUGCCGGAUAUCCUACCCGUUCAUUCCGACCCACAAAAUAACUUACGCUUGUGUUACAACCCGUUGGAAGUGAAGGAUCUUCCGGUUAUGGUGGCUCACUUCAAUGGCGCGGAUUUGGAGUUGGACCCGAUAAAUACAUUCGUUCAGCUGAGUAAGGAUUCGAUUUGCUUGGCCUUUGCUCCUGUAGAUGGGGUCGUGAUCUUUGGGAAUCUAGCACAAAUGAACUUCUUGGUAGGCUAUGACCUUUAUAAGAAGACAGUUUCGUUUAAACGCACAGAUUGUGUGAAGUUGUGA